UGAUUAAAAACAAUACACCAGACAAGGAACAAGGGAAAACAAGAGAGUAAUGAGCGAAGCAUUGAGGAGAGACUACCAGGUGUGCGAAGAGAUCGGCCGGGGGCGAUUCGGAACUGUUUUCCGGUGCAUCUCGGUGGAGUCCGGCGACUCCUUCGCUUGCAAAUCCAUCGAUAAAAUCAUCCUUGCCGACGACUCCAUCGACCGCCAAUGCAUCGAGGGGGAGGCUAAGAUUAUGCAACUUGUCUCCGGUCACUCUAACGUUGUUCAGAUCUUCGACGUCUACGAAGAUGACACUCACCUCGACAUCAUUCUCGAGCUCUGUAGCUCCUCCGAUCUCUUCGAUCGUAUUGCCGACCGAGUCUUUUCCGAGGCAGAGGCGGCCGCUGUGAUGAAGCCGCUGAUGGAAGCGGUGGCUCACUGUCACCGACGAGGCGUGGCUCACCGGGACAUUAAGCCGGAUAAUAUCUUUUUUGAUGAGUGGAAUCGUUUGAAACUUGGGGAUUUUGGCUCGGCCGAGUGCUUUAGGGAGGGCGAGUUGAUGAGCGGAAUCGUCGGGACGCCGUACUAUGUGGCGCCGGAGGUAAUCGCCGGAAGGGAGUACAGUGAGAAGGUUGAUGUUUGGAGUGCGGGGGUGAUUUUGUACAUAAUGCUGGCCGGUAUCCCUCCUUUUUACGGCGAGUCUUCGAUGGAGAUUUUCGAGGCGGUGCUUCGCGCGAAUCUCCGGUUCCCGGCGAGAAUUUUUCACUCGGUAUCAACGGCAGCAAAGGAUCUCUUGAGGAGGAUGAUCUGUAAGGACGUUUCAAGGCGUUUCACGGCAGAACAAGUUCUAAGACAUCCAUGGAUGACAAGCGUUGGUGAGACAAGAACAGAGGCAGAUCUAACUUGAAAGGGGAAGAGAAUUUUCUACAUGCCUAAAGCCUAUGUAUGUACGUGUAAAGGAUGUGAGGUUGGUGUGGCAACGUGACUGCACGUGUACGGAACCCCUAUGCCUUCCCUGUAGAUCCCAUAUGACCGAGAAGGUUGGAGAUGUUUCCAGAGGCCUCAUUUUUCUUCCAACCUUUGAGAAGAGUGUAUAGAGUAUAUAACAAUAUAGCAAGUAGUGAUAAGUACAGACUGAAGCAGCUGCUGGAUGUGCCCUCUGGUUCUCUUUUUAUUUUUUUUAUUCCUUUUCUCUGUGCUUACCGUCUUUCGAAUGUUAAUAAAUAAAUACACAAAUUCUGUAAUAGAGACGGAUAAUCAUGAAGGCUUUGCGUUUGCUGUGAGGUUUGAGCUCA